AGCGGAGCUGCGGGGCCUCAGCCCGGGCCUGAUCCGGGCCUGAUCCCGGGACCGAUCCUGCCCUGAUCCCGGGACAGAUCCUGCCCUGAUCCCGGGACCGAUCCAGCCCUGAUCCCGGGACCGAUCCUGCCCUGAUCCCGGGACUGAUCCAGCCCCGAUCCCGGCCUUGAUCCCGGGUCUUAUCCCAGACAGCUCCAGCCCUGAUCCCGGCCCAGAUCCCGCCCAGAUCCCGGCCCAGAUCCCGGCUCUGAUCCCGUCCCUUCUCCAGCCCUGAUCCCGGCCCAGAUCCCGGCUCUGAUCCCGUCCCUUCUCCAGCCCUGAUCCCGGCCCAGAUCCCGGUCCUGCUGUGCCGGAGCCGGGUUCGGGCUGAGUUCCCAGGGCCAUGGAGAGUCCCGGGAGCGGAGAUUCCCUGCGGGGAGAGAUCGGCUUCUGGGCUGACCGAACCCCAGUUCAUGAAGCAGCCAGGAGGGGAGAAAUCCUGCAGCUGCAGCAGCUGAUAGAGAACGGAGCCUGUGUCAACGCUGUCACCUACGACUCUAUCACCCCGUUGCACGAGGCCAGCCUGAGGGGACAGACCCGAGUGUCCAAACUCCUGCUGGCUGCAGGGGCCCAGGUGGAUGCCAGGAACAUUGAUGGCAGCACUCCCCUCUGUGAUGCCUGUGCCUCUGGCAGCAUAGAGUGUGUGAAGGUCCUGCUGUCCCAUGGGGCCAAGGUCAACCCUCCCCUCUACACUGCAUCCCCUCUCCAUGAAGCCUGCAUGAAUGGUAGCUCAGAGUGUGUGCAGCUCCUCAUCGAUGUUGGUGCAAACUUGGAGGCUCAUGACUGUCACUUUGGGACACCCCUACACGUGGCUUGUGCCAGGGAGCAUCUGGACUGUGUGAAGCUGCUGCUCAAGGCAGGGGCAAAUGUCAACGCUGCCAAAUUCAUGAGACAAGCCCUUCACCAUGCAGCCAAAGUGAAAAAUGUGGAUCUGGUGGAGAUGCUGAUUGAAUUUGGAGGCAACAUUUAUGCAAGGGACAACAGAGGCAAG